AUGUCCCCACGUGAGGCUGCGACACUUCCCUCCCGGCGGCGUCCUUCCCUCUCCUUCAGACCUCGACCUCGGACGGCUACCACAUCGACCCAUCAGACAACCCGUUUCGAAAACGACGUAUGGAGUGGAGGGUCAGCUGUCGAUGCAGCCAAUGAUGAAGGACAGGUGUUGGAGGAAAUGAAUCAUUUCCCUGAACCUGUUCCUAGGCGCCGAGAAGCCAAAAGCUUCUCCAGUUUACGCCAUCCUGUUGAUGGCUUGCGCGCGCUCGGCCGCCGCUUGUCGGUCACGAUCCGGAAUAAGUCUUCCAGGCAUUCGGCUCACCACCAUCAAGAUGACCUGGGCGACUUGAACCAUGAACCCGAAUUCGCGCCUAGAAAUAGGCAUUCAUGGUGCAAGGGUACCAGUAUCGAUCGCCGAUUGUCUCAUCACAGCGUAUCGGCGCUGCACGGCUUCUAUACACCAAGUACGCCUAUGCGUGCUCCGAUUCCAGGCAAUGGCUCGGAGCCGCCCGUUCUUCCGGAUGAUUUCUAUGCAGGUGCAGCUGCUCGGGCGGCCGCUGCGGCCCAGAACGAGCUGUUCAGGGCCGAGAGAGAUGGUGCGAAGUACUCCGACACGGGUCUGACGAGAGAUUCGGAGAGCGGUAUUGGUAUCGACCUGCGUGACCGCUCCGAACUCUCCGACACGGAUCUCGCCUUUCUGCGCUUGGAUCCGGUGACUCACCUACCACCAGAGGUCAUGUCACACAUCUUUACUUAUCUCGAUCCCCAGUCUCUCAUGCAAUGCGAAUCGGUCUCUCGCGCUUGGAGUGAGCAGGCAUCCUCCCGGCAUAUUUGGAGACAUGUGUUCCGUCACACCUAUGGACAUAGUCGCCCUGUCGGCACCUCGAAGAAAAAACGAUCUGCUGGCUUAGGAAAAUCUCUCCCAGACCAAGACUGGAAGAGAAUGUUCCUUGUCCGCCGCGCGCUGGAGCAGCGGUGGAAGGAAGGCAAGGCUGCUGCAAUUUAUCUCCACGGACAUAAAGACAGCGUGUAUUGUGCACAGUUUGAUGAGUAUGUCAUUCAGCAAGCAAAUCAUUAUCACCAACUAACCGCCUACAGGGACAAAAUCAUUACUGGAUCUCGUGAUCGAACCAUCAGAGUGUGGGAUGCUCAUUAUCCUUGGCCAUGCCGCAAGAUUAUCGGACCUCCUCCGGGAGAUAUCGCCGGUAUUGGGCCUGUCAAUAACAUGUCUCAGCAGUCAUCUGGAAAGCCCCCUUUUCUUACAAUUUGCCCCCCGCCGACGCUUUCCGCUGGGAUUACCACCCCGGUUGAACAAGCUUCAGAAUACCAUAGUGCAUCCAUUCUUUGCCUUCAAUUCGAUGAGGAGAUCAUGGUCACGGGGUCAUCUGACUAUACCUGCAUUGUUUGGGAUAUCCAGAAUGAUUAUCAGCCUAUUCGUCGCCUGGAAGGCCACCGCGCAGGUGUGCUAGAUGUGUGCUUUGAUGACCGUUACAUUGUUUCUUGCUCGAAGGAUACCACCAUCUGUGUCUGGGAUCGGCAUACUGGAGCUCUCCUUCAAAGGCUUGUCGGCCACAGGGGCCCUGUCAACGCAGUUCAGCUACGUGGCGACUUGAUUGUCUCUGCGAGCGGAGAUGGCGUGGCCAAAUUGUGGAACAUCACUUCUGGUCACUGUGUCAAGGAAUUUCACAGUAAAGAUCGCGGACUUGCGUGCGUUGAGUUUAGUGAAGAUGCCAGGACUAUCCUCACUGGCGGUAACGAUCAGGUUAUAUAUCAGUUUGAUGCAAACACCGGUGACAUGGUCAAUGAGCUAAAGGGCCACGAAGGGCUGGUCCGGUCUCUGCAUCUGGACAGUGCGGGGCAGCGGAUUGUCAGUGGAAGUUACGAUAUGAGUGUUAAGGUCUUUGAUGCGCAGACCGGGGAGUUAUCAAUUGACCUACCCGGCUGGACCACCAGUUGGAUGUUGAGUGUGAAGUCAGACUAUCGACGCAUCCUGGCCACGAGCCAGGAUUCUCGAGCUGUCAUCAUGGACUUUGGUUAUGGACUAGAUGGCAUUGAGUUGCUAGAGGAAUAG